AUGGAAAAUACAGCAACAAAAAAGAAAUCAAAAUUAUGUGAAGUUUGUAAUGUAUCAAGACCAGUUUUAAAAAGACCAAAAACUGGGGAAAUGAUUUGUAAAGAAUGUUUCUACACAGUAUUUGAAGAUGAAAUUCAUCAUACCAUCAUAUCCAAUAAUUUAUUUAAAAGAGGUGAUAGAGUUGCAAUUGGUGCAUCAGGUGGUAAAGAUUCCACAGUUUUAGCUGAAAUUAUGACAUUAUUAAAUAAAAAAUAUGAUUAUGGUUUAGAUUUAUUCCUUUUAUCAAUCGACGAAGGUAUUACAGGUUAUAGAGAUGAUUCAUUAGAAACAGUUAAAAGAAAUCAAGAACAAUAUCAAAUUCCAUUAAAGAUUUUAUCAUAUAAAGAAUUAUAUAAUUGGACAAUGGAUGAUAUCGUUAAAGAGAUUGGAUUAAAAGGUAAUUGUACAUUUUGUGGUGUAUUUAGAAGACAAGCACUUGAUAGAGGUGCUGUAAUGUUAAAAGCAAAUAAAAUUGUAACUGGUCACAACGCUGAUGAUAUAGCUGAAACUGUAUUAAUGAAUUUAUUACGUGGUGAUAUACCAAGAUUACAAAGAUGUGUAAAUAUUAUAACAGGUAGUGAAGGAGCAUUACCAAGAAGUAAACCAUUUAAAUAUACAUAUCAAAAAGAGAUUGUAAUGUAUGCAUAUUUUAAGAAAUUAGAUUAUUUUUCAACAGAGUGUAUUUAUGCACCAAAUGCAUACAGAGGACAUGCAAGAGAUUUCUUAAAGGAUUUAGAAGCAGUCAGACCCUCAAUCAUUAUCGAUAUCAUUCAUUCCGCUGAAAACUUUCAUUUCAGAGAAGAAAAUAAAAUGCCAGUUCAAAGAAAUUGUAUUCAGUGUGGUUAUAUUUGUUCAAAUGAUAUUUGUAUGGCUUGUGAUUUAUUAAAGAAUUUAAAUAGUGGUUUAGCAAAAGUUAAAUUAUCAAUUAAUUUAAAAAGAGGAAAAGAUAAUAAUAAUAAUAGUAAUAAUAAUGAUAAUAAUAAUACUUUAAAAUUAGAAAGUACUUCAGCAGCAACAACAACAACAACAACUGUUUCAAAUUAA